AUCAAAGCAUGGAUUAACAACAAUAUUAAUGCAUGGUUCUAACGAGAUACUGUUAAAAUCACAACAAAUAUCUAAUCACCAAGUACUGUUUAGAAUGUGAAAUUAUCAGAUAAAACACGAUGGAUAUAUUGUUUACAAUCAAUUUUUAUGCGAAACAUAAAACAAACGUUCUAAGAAACCUACCUGUUGGUACCAAUUUCGUGUAGCCACUGCUAUUCUACUUAAUUUAUCAAGCACUAAGUCGCGUACAAGGAGGAGGUGCAUGACGUACCCAUGUCGGUGAUCAUUAGGCCUUUCAUACCGGAACUUACGGAGGAAAAAGUUUUAUCACUUAUGGAGACGAUACAGAAGGAAGAGGAGGCUGGCAAAGUUCCUCCCAUAGAUAUUUUAUGGAUCAAGGGCUCAGAAGGAGGAGAUUACUACUACAGCUUCGGAGGUUGCCAUAGAUACGCUGCCUACAAACGUCUGAACCGACCGACUAUUCCCGGCAAACUGAUCAAAUCCACCAUCAGCGACCUUAGAACGUAUCUUGGAAAUAGUACACCAGACUUGAAGUAAAUAGUUUUAAAGUAAGAAUUAGUUUGAAUAUGCUUACACAAUGACACGGUCGAGACAGUCUCUAGUCGAUUGAUUGAAGAUUUACCAUAGUUGGUCUGUCUAUUCAUUGUAUA